AUGAAGCUGGCAGUGGUGCUGAUCGUCCUGGCUGCAGCCUGGGCCGAGGAGCAGGACAAGGUGGUGCACGGUGGGCCCUGCGAGAACACGUCACACCCCUACCAGGCGGCACUCUACACCUCCGGCCACUUGCUCUGCGGCGGUGUCCUCAUCCACCCACAGUGGGUGCUCACGGCGGCCCACUGCAGGAAACAGAAGCUGCAGGUGUUCCUGGGCAAGCACAACCUCCAGCAGAGGGAGAGUUCCCAGGAGCAGAACCCCGUCGUCCGGAUGGUGGUCCACCCGGGUUACAACGCCGCCACCCACGACCAGGACAUCAUGCUGCUACGCCUGGCGCAGCCCGCCCGGCUCUCCGAGCACAUCCAGCCCCUGCCCCUGCAGAGGAACUGCACGGAGGGGCCCAGCAGCUGCCACAUCCUGGGCUGGGGCAAGACAGCCGACGGCAACUUCCCCGAUACCAUACAGUGUGCCUACAUCCACCUGGUGCCCCAUGACGAGUGCCAGCGCGCCUACCCCGGCCAGAUCACCCGGAACAUGGUGUGUGCGGGCGACAAGAAGUUCGGCAGGGACUCCUGCCAGGGCGACUCCGGAGGCCCGCUGGUGUGCGGAGACCACCUCCGAGGCCUUGUGUCCUGGGGGAACGUCCCCUGCGGCUCCAAGGAGAAGCCAGGCGUCUACACUGAUGUCUGCAGAUACAUCAGCUGGAUCCAAAGAACGAUUUACACCCACUGA